AUGAGAAAUUACACAGAAGUAAAAGAGUUUAUUCUUCUGGGAUUGACAAAUGACCCUCAAUGGCAGGUUGUCCUUUUUGUAUUUCUUCUUGUUACCUAUUUGCUAAGCGUGACUGGAAACCUCACUAUUAUCACCCUGACCCUUACAGAUCCCCAUCUACAGACGCCAAUGUAUUUCUUCCUUCGGAACUUCUCCUUCCUAGAAAUAUCAUUUACAUCAGUCUGUACUCCCAGAUUCCUUGUCACUAUAGUGACAGGGGACAGAACUAUUUCCUAUAACGAUUGUGUUGCACAGCUAUUUUUUUUCAUCUUGCUGGGGGUGACAGAAUUUUACCUGCUGGCUGCCAUGUCCUAUGACCGCUAUGUUGCCAUCUGCAAACCUCUGCAUUACACAACCAUCAUGAACAGCAGAGUCUGUAUCCUCCUUGUCUUUAGCUGUUGGCUGGCAGGAUUCCUCAUCAUCUUUCCACCAACAAUGCUGCUGCUACAGCUGGAUUUCUGUGCCUCCAAUAUAAUUGAUCAUUAUCUCUGUGAUGCUUCUCCAAUUUUGCAACUUUCUUGCACAAACACUCACUUUUUAGAACUCAUGGCUUUCAUUUUAGCAGUAAUAACGCUCAUGGUCACUUUAACACUGGUUAUUCUCUCCUACACAUAUAUUAUCCGCACAAUUCUGAGAUUUCCUUCUGCUAGCCAAAGAAAGAAAGCCUUUUCCACAUGUUCCUCCCACAUGAUUGUAGUCUCCCUCUCUUAUGGUAGUUGUAUUUUUAUGUAUAUUAAGCCUUCUGCAAGAGAAAGGGUGACUUUGAGCAAAGGAGUAGCUGUGCUCAAUACCUCAGUAGCUCCUCUUUUGAAUCCUUUCAUAUAUACCCUUAGAAAUCAGCAAGUGAAACAAGCCUUCAAGAAUAUGAUUCAGAAAAUAAGUUCAGCUACGAAUAAAUGA